CAUGGACCACAGCGUUCGCCGUCAAUGAGGCGCAGGUGUUGUCUUGGGAGACAUAAAUACAUUCGCUUGGUUCUGGACUGAGCUCCGUACCAGUCUUUCUAACCCGCCAUCUUGUAAGUACCCGAGCAAUUGACCAUGGACCCGGAGAACAAGCCAAAAGGUCCAUCGCCUCACUACUCGCUCUACCAGCGUGAGGUGUUCAAACGAGGAGGAGAGACAGGAGAGCUUCCGACGUUCUCUGUGCACCCCGAGGAACUGCAGGAAUCUACCAAGAAGAAGCUCAACGACAGAGGAUACUUCUACGCCAACUCGAAUGCUGGGAUUGGGUGGACAGCCCGCGCGAACAGGGAGGCGUUCUACAGAUGGCGCAUCAUCCCUCGCACCCUGGUCGACACCAACGUUCGCGACCUGACCACAACCAUCUUCGGCCACAAGAUCCCUGCGCCGAUCAUGUUCGCGCCGAUCGGUAUCAACAAACUAUACCAUUCCCUCGGCGAGCUGGUCCCUGCGAAGAUCGCUGGAGAACUUGGCAUUCCUUAUUGUCUGUCUACGGCCGGUUCUCAGUCAAUCGAGGAUGUGGCAAAGGCCAAUGACCUCGGUGCAUCCGUCAAGAAUGAGAGUAACAAUGUGCACUCGUACAGCGGACCGAAUGGUGGAAACGCCAAGGGCCCGCGAUUUUUCCAGCUCUACAUGGGCCAUGACGACGAGAUCACACUGUCGCUCCUUAACCGGGCAUGGAACUCUGGCUUUGACGUGCUCAUGCUCACGACGGACACCUGGCAGCUCGCCUGGAGACCGACAGACAUCAACAUCGCGAACUACACGUUCUACUACCCCAAUGCUGCUGGCAAUGAAAUCGGUGCAUCCGAUCCGGUAUUCAUGAGGAAGCACGGGGAGGAGCUGAAGAAGGACUCGGGCAAGUGGAUUGACCACAGCGUGUGGCACGGGAAACCGCACACGUGGGAGAAGAUUCGUUGGCUUGUAGGCGAGUGGAAACGCAUCUCCAACGGACGCCCGUUCGUCAUCAAGGGCAUCCAGAACGCGGAGGACGCACUGAAGGCGUACGAGGUUGGGUGUGAGGGGAUCGUCGUGACGAACCAUGCUGGUCGCCAGGUGGACGGUGCUGUCGGGAGCCUGGAAGUCUUGCCUGAGAUCGCUGAAGCCGUUGGCGACAAGAUGACUAUCAUCUUCGACUCCGGCGUCCGGACUGGCGCGGACGUGUUCAAGGCGAUCGCGCUCGGCGCGCACGUCGUCGAAGUCGGACGGCUGUACGUCUGGGGCAUGGCCCAUGAGGGCGAGUAUGGCUGUCGGCAUGUCAUGAAGAGUUUGCUUGCGGACCUGGACAUCCUGAUGACGGUGGCGGGCUACAAGAGCAUCACGAAGGACGUGCAUAACAACAAGAAGGCGUUGAAGUAUAACCCGAGUGGUGUGCCGCCUGGUCCGGGGGAGCACGCGAAGUUGUGAGCGGCUCCGUCCCGGCGGACUGUACUACCGCUGUAGAAACGGCAACAGGUUUUUGGAUGGUCUCCUUGGUGUACUAUAUACGAUCCUGUGUAGAAUACUGUAUGGUUGGUCUUGAAUCGCUUUGGUGGA